AGCUCAGCUGUUGAGGGAAGACGAAACGUGAAAAAAGGGAGAAAAAAAUCUACCUAGCAAAUACAUCGCAGCCAGAGAGGGACAACUGGUUGCACCGAUUUUACAAUAUCAAUUUGGUUCAUUUUAUGUAUUGUCUCAGCAUUCUGUCAGCAAACAGUGGAAUUCAUUCUGGCGGGGUGAGUGGAAAUAAAUACCAGAUCCCAUUUUCGCAAGGACGGGAAGAAAAUGGAGUUGGAGGAUGGUAUAGUGUACCAGGACGACCCGGGGACAUCGGCUAUGAUGUCGGAGCGGGUGUCUGGCCUGGCCAACUCGAUCUACCGCGAAUUUGAGAGGUUGAUUGGGAAAUACGACGAAGACGUGGUCAAAGAACUGAUGCCGCUGGUCGUCGCGGUGCUUGAAAACCUGGAUUCGGUGUUCGCCGAAAAUCAGGAGCAUGAAGUGGAGCUAGAAUUGUUGAAGGAGGACAACGAACAGCUCAUCACUCAGUAUGAACGGGAGAAAGCGCUGAGGAAACAUGCCGAGGAGAAGUUCAUUGAGUUUGAGGACACUCAGGAGCAGGAGAAGAAGGACCUUCAGAACUACAUGGGCAGAAUGGAGUCCAAUUCCCGCCAGCUGGAACUCAAAAUCAAAAACUAUGUAGACCAAAUUGGCAGGUUGGAGGAGCGAGAAUCAGAGCUGAAAAAAGAGUUCAACUCACUCCAUCAGAGACACACAGAGAUGAUCCACAAUUACAUGGAGCAUGUGGAGAGAAUCAAACUCCAGCAGCAGAACGAGUCUUCUGACUCCGGAACACUGGGCAGAGUCAGAAAAGAGCGCCCGCUGUCUCUGGGGAUCUUUCCCGUAUCCGGAGGGGGCUCCUCUAUCCUCCUAGAGCCUCUUGCAAGGGCGGAGACCCCUGGUGCAGAGUCAUGGAGGUUCAAUGACCUGGCACAUCCUCGCUCCAACGCCAGCCUCAAGCAGUUGGACAUGGACGACGCCCCAAAGAGAAGGGAGGGUAAGAGUACGCAGGACUCUACUUGGGGGAGUUCCCUGGCAGACGACUGCAAGGACGAGCUGUCAGACUUCGGCAGCUCCAGGUCAUCCUUGGGUGCUGCUGCCGUGAGGGACCAGGGGGGCAGUAAGAGCAUGGAGGUUCAGGCCGCCCCAGGGACCAGGACCAUCUCUGUGGGUUUGCCAGAGGACGAAAAAAGCUCUGAGGUGCAGGACAUCAUCGAGUCCACUCCUGAGCUGGACAUGGACCUCAGUGGAUACAAGACCUCCAGCACGCCGACAAAAGGCAUUGAGAACAUGGCGUUUGACCGCAACACAGACUCUCUGUUUGAGGAACUGUCGUCCGCAGGCACGGGCAUCAUAGGGGACGUGGAUGAGGGGGCAGACCUGCUGGGUAUGGGCCGUGAAGUGGAGAAUCUCAUCCAGGAAAACACACAACUGAUGGAGACUAAGAAUGCUCUGAACGUAGUGAAGAACGACCUGAUAGCUCGCGUGGAUGAGUUGGCCUGUGAGAAGGAGGUAUUGCAGGGCGAGCUGGACGCCCUGUCACAGGCCAGGGUCAAGCUGGAGGAGAAGAACAAAGACCUGGAGGAGGAGCUCAAGAAACUGCGGCUGGAGGUGGAGGAGUUGAAACAUAAAACAAAGGAUGAAGAAGAGCAGAGUGAUGUUCCCACGGCCCAGAGGAAGCGCUUCACCAGAGUGGAGAUGGCCAGGGUGCUGAUGGAGAGGAACCAGUACAAGGAGAGGCUCAUGGAGCUGCAGGAGGCAGUACGCUGGACAGAGAUGAUAAGGGCCUCGAGAGAGAACCCAGCUCUGACCGAGAAGAAGAAAUCCAGCAUCUGGCAGUUCUUCAGUCGCCUCUUCAGCCCCUCAUCCUCCAGCAGCGCGGCGGGGAAGAAGGCAGAGCCCCAGGCCAACAUGAAGUACAACGCUCCAGGCGGUAUGGUGAAGAGGAGCAGCACCUUUUCUCAAUUCCCCACCGAGAAGUCCAAGACCUUUGACUUCCUCAAUGAGGAGAUGGACCUCUGCAGCUCUCCCUCUCGCAAGGAGCAGAAGAGGGCCCAGUACCGCCAGGUCAGAGUCCACAUGCAGAAGGAGGAUGGCCGGGUCCAGGCCCACGGCUGGAGUCUGCCCAGCAAGUACAAGGUGGCUAAUGGUGGUCAAACAGAGAACAAGAUGAAGAACCUGCCUGUCCCGAUUUACCUGAGGCCUCUGGACCAGAAAGAUGCUUCUAUGAAGCUGUGGUGUGCUGCAGGUGUGAACCUGUCAGGGGGCUGGACCAGAGAGGGUGGGGCCAUGUUGGGGGCCAGUGAAGUCUCAGGGGUGGAGCUUGAGGUAACCAAACAGAAGAAGGGCUCUCAGAACAGCCUGGACCAAUUGGAGCAGGAGAACAAGAACCAAGAAAAGGAGGAGCCGGAGAAGGAGCAGCGUUUUCAUGAUCAGGUGUCCAGCAGAGUAUGGAUCUGCACCAGCACUCACUCCUCCACCAAAGUCAUGGUAAUGGAUGCCAACCAUCCCUCUGACCUUCUGGACAGCUUCUAUGCCUGCAACUCUCACGUCCUCUGCAUCACCAGUGUACCAGGUGUCCUGGAGUCAGACUUCCCUGCUGGGGAGGAGGGGCUCCAGGACCAGGAGUCAGGACAAGGGGACAGCGUGUCGUUGGCGGGCAGCGUGGCCAGCAUGGGCUCGACGGGCAGCGACGGCGCCAUGGCAACGGAAGGGACCACCGCCACCCCACAGACAGCCCAUCAGGGUGUCAGCGACCUCCCGGCCGAGCACAGCGCCAUCUCCGGCUCAGUGGACCUGUCCAGAGAGACCAGCCCGCUGGAGGACGGGGUCCCCACAGCAGAAGAGGCCACCGAGGCUACGGAGGCCAAUGCGGGGGUGGGCGAGGAGGGUGAGGAGGGGCAGGGUCAGCCUGGUAUCUACACAGAGCACGUGUUUACGGACCCUCUGGGAGCUCAGCCCUCCGACCCUGCCAGCACAGAAAUGGCGAGGAGUGCAGACCAGGACGAUGUGACAUCCCAACCUGAGGAUAGUGACCCUGCAGGGGAGGAGGUGGUGAGGAUGAGCAGCUCUCUGCCCACCAUGUGGCUGGGGGCCCAGAACGGAUGUCUCUAUGUCCACUCGUCUGUGUACAGGUGGAGGAAAUGUCUCCACGCCAUCAAGCUCAAAGAUUCCAUCUUGAACAUAGUACACGUCAAAGGAAGAAUUCUGGUAGCUUUGGCCGAUGGAACACUAGCUAUCUUCCACAGAGGCCUGGAUGGCCAGUGGGACCUGACCAACUACCACCUGCUGGACCUGGGCCGGCCGCACCACUCCAUCCGCUGCAUGACAGUGGUCCACGACAAGGUGUGGUGUGGCUACAGGAACAAAAUCUACGUUAUACAGCCCAAGGCCAUGAGGAUAGAGAAGUCCUUUGACGCCCACCCUCGUAAGGAGAGCCAGGUGCGCCAGCUGGCAUGGGUGGGUGAUGGGAUCUGGGUGUCCAUCCGUCUGGACUCCACUCUCAGGCUGUUCCACGCCCACACCUACCAGCACCUCCAGGAUGUGGAUAUAGAGCCCUACGUCAGCAAAAUGCUGGGUACGGGGAAGCUGGGGUUCUCAUUCGUCAGGAUCACCGCCCUCCUAGUGUCCUGCUCUCGCCUCUGGGUCGGAACAGGAAAUGGUGUCAUAAUCUCCAUCCCGCUAUCUGAAGCCAUAGGCUCCCAACCCGGACCCUCCCUAGGAGGACUGAGAGCCAACAAAACAACCGGUAUUGUGACCAACCGUCCAGGUGGUGCGGUGCGGGUGUACGGCGAGGAGGGCUCCGAUAGUGUGGCGUCAGGCGGCGCUGUGCCCUACUGCUCCAUGGCCCACGCCCAGCUCUGUUUCCACGGUCACCGAGACGCAGUCAAGUUCUUUGCGGCGGUGCCAGGUCAGGUGAUCCAGCCCCCCGUUGCUGCCGGGGAUUCUGGGUUGGAGGACCCGGCCUCUGAAUCGUCAGACACGGCGACCUCUGAACCUGCCAGAACCUUCCUCGUCAUGAGUGGAGGAGAGGGCUAUAUAGACUUCAGACAGGGGGAUGACGUUGGUGAGAUGGACGUUGUUUCAGAACCCACCAUGAAGCUCCAGCCGGCCCCCACCAAAGCCGAGCGCAGCCACAUCAUCGUCUGGCAGGUCAUUUCCUGUCAGGAGUGAACCAAUCACAGACUGUCACAUCGCCACCUAGUCGCCCUACCUCCCUGCAUGCCUGUCUCCUUAUAUUUAAGUUGCUAUUACUGAUAUCCUCAAAAUAAUUACCUCAGUGGGUAACUGCAUUGCUCCUAACUGUUAUUUUAGGUGUAUUGUUUUUGUAUAGAUUCAUUUUGAAAGAAUCCUGUAUACUAAGGUGGACUGGAUGAGGUUGAAAAGGAAGUGCCCGAUGUUCUCUCCCUUAUGUUUGGUAGCAGAUAUUCAGACCGCUACUAAUGCUCAUGGCAACAUUUCGUGUUCCAAAGGGACAAGUUCCUGCUGCGUCCUUUACCUUAAACUAGAGGAGGAUGUAGGGGGGAAGGAUUGUAAAGGACUUCUGCACAUAGUUGGGGGGGUGUCACUCGUCACCUGUUGUUGUGAUCUGCAGUUCUAACUUCUCUCUCUUGGAAGUCGCUUUGGAUAAAAGCUUCUGCUAAAUGCAUAAAUGUAAAUGUAAACCUUACAACAUAACUAUUUUAGCUACCUUUAUUGGGUAAGUACUGUAUACAGCAAUGUUUGAGCACAUGAAGGUUUACUGUAUGUAGAGAAGAGGGGGGCGCUGGGGUAAGUCAGCUUUAGCCUGCAUGGGGAAGUCCUGUCAUGUCCGUCCAUGUGUGUUGGGGGCCAAAGUGCUUGUGACACCAUGUUGGGGCUUCCCUGAUGCUAGAGCUUGUUGGAACUUUACAGUCAUGGCUUAAAAUAUUUGCGGUGACAAAUUAUGUGUUUUGCAAAGUUUGCUGCUUCAGAAUUAGUAAAUUAGUCUUUCGCGUUUCUAUUGUAUAUCCUACAGGAAAACAAUGUCAGUGAUAAGCGUUUCAUACGUUUUAAAGGGGUAAUUUUAGGGGAUUUUAUAGGGGUAUUUCACACCGUUCCUUAAGGUCUCCGAAUAGGGUAUGUAACAUUGGUUGGGCUGAAAAUGGCCCGGGUGCUGUUCCGGGUGCUGAUGUGCCCUAAUGCAACCUGUGAAAUAGCCCUAGAAUGAAAUGAGGUUUUCUCCCUUUUAUGGUAUGCUCAUGAAUAUUUAGAUCUGCGCGCUGAUUGGUUGGCCACAUAGCCAAACACGCAUCGUAAAUUGUAGAUUUACAUGACAACACAGCUUAUGUAUUCGAAUGAAACAUAGUCAGGAAAAUUAAACAUUAGCUCCAUUGCCAAUAAACUAAAUCAUCACACAUUCUACCUAUGCUAGAUACAGGAGAUGUUAGAAUUGCCAAUAACUGU